AUGUCAGCCACUACUGCCAGAGAAGAAGGAGAUACGGCAGGAGAGGAAGUCCAUGGUCCUCUACCAGUGGCCAGACUUGAGCAAUUCGGAGUGAGCGCUACGGAUAUCAAGAAAUUAGUAGAAGCUGGAUUUCAUACCGUUGAAGCUGUAGCCUUCACGCCCAAGAAAACUUUGUUGACCAUAAAGGGCAUCUCGGAGGCAAAAGCUGACAAGAUCUUGGCUGAAGCCUCGAAACUCGUUCCUAUGGGAUUCACCACUGCCACCGAAUUUCAUCAACGACGAAGUGAAAUCAUCACAAUCACAACCGGUUCAAAGGAAUUGGACAAGUUGCUGGGUGGUGGUGGAAUCGAAACUGGCGGAAUCACUGAAAUAUUUGGCGAAUUUCGAACUGGAAAGACUCAGAUCUGUCAUACUCUUGCAGUCACUUGCCAGCUACCAAUUGAUAUGGGCGGUGGUGAAGGGAAAUGCUUGUACAUUGACACGGAAGGCACAUUCAGGCCAGAACGAUUGUUGGCUUGCGCAGAGAGAUACGGAAUGAAUGGUGAAGAAGUUCUCGACAAUGUUGCUUAUGCACGUGCAUACAACUCAGAUCAUCAAACAAAUCUACUCAUCCAAGCAUCUGCUAUGAUGGCCGAACAGAGAUUCUCAUUACUCAUUGUGGACUCUGCCACUGCCUUGUAUCGAACAGACUUUUCUGGUCGUGGAGAACUCUCAGCUCGUCAAAUGCACUUGGCACGCUUUUUGCGGACUUUGCUGCGUCUCGCAGACGAGUUUGGAGUUGCAGUGGUGAUCACAAACCAAGUCGUUGCUCAAGUUGAUGGAGGGGCAGCCAUGUUCAAUGCCGAUCCAAAGAAACCUAUCGGAGGCAAUAUUAUGGCUCAUGCUUCUACUACACGAUUGUAUCUACGAAAGGGUCGUGGUGACACUCGUAUUUGCAAAAUUUAUGAUUCUCCUUGUCUCCCAGAGUCAGAAGCGGUCUUUGGAAUCCUUGCAAAUGGUAUCGGUGACGCAACAGAAUAA